AUAAGUGGGGGCGUCCUAUUGUUUUUUCGCGCCGAAAAUCAUGAAAUAGGCGGGAUUUCGCGGCUAAAUAGACAAUUAUCCGAUACUUAGAUAAAUCCUUGGCGCUCUACGCCCAAAGUUAAUGCGAUAAAUCAAAUAAAUUUGUUUUAUUUUCGUUCGUCGAAGUAUCGGACAGAGUGCAAUCGUGAUAAGGAUUCGGUCAAACGUGAGUGUUGUUCUGCGUAGCCAAAACUGGUCGGAGAAAACGACCGUUGGACAAAACAAGCCAAAACUUUUCCAUACGACGAGAAUAGAAAAAACAAGGUAUUUUCACAGUUUAUAUAUCCGUAUAUAAAACACAAUGCCGCAGCCAUCGGUCACGGCAUUUUUCAAUUCGCGAAAACGACAAGCGAACGAAGAAAUUCGUAAUAAGAGUAAAGUUCUGGUUCUGGAUCAUACGACGAAGAAUACUCCAAGCGAGAAGAACGAAUCAAUCACUUUGCAAAAGACUGAAACGGAAGGGAGUGAUUUGGCAUCGGAUCCGGGGGAAUUAUCAGAAGGACCCCCAAGUCCCAAGCUUGUUUAUGCAACCAGCUUUGAGACGGAUAUUGCGCGAUCCGCAUUACGGGGUAAAAUGACGCCUAAAGCUGGAAUGAGAACUCGCGCCACACGAGUCAAAAAAUUCACUUCACAAGAAGGUCAAACAGAUAUCAGAGAAACAUUCUUCAGAAUGACAUCUGAUAGCCCAAAUCAAGGAACAACAAAAGUUGUACCUUUCGAAAAAAUGGGAUUACUCAGUCCUAGAAAGAAAAAUCCUGUCGAAUCCGCUGAGACUCAAAAUGAUACAGCUGUGGAGAAUAUCAAAGAAGCCCCGGCAGCUGGUUCGGUAACACCUAAAAAAGCAUCUGCCGCUGAUAGACUGACCAGACGGGAUUUGAAUCUUGGUGAAAUUAAAAAACGAAUUAAUACAUCUUCAAGGCUCAACGAAUUGAAAGCUUCUAUUGCCAGAUUCAGAAAGUGCGAAGAAAAAAUUGAACAAUUGGAGAAAAAACAUGAAAACAACAAACCACAGAUUCGAAAAUUCCAGAGCAUUGAAUUGGAAGUUCCUGUUAGCCCGUCGAAGCUCGCACGUUUGCCAAACAAGUCGAUGCUUAGCCCAACAAAGAGUAUACAGCUACCAGCAAAUGCCAGUCCACAACGUCGUCUGCUAUUUGCUCCAAAGGAGUCACCUGCUAGUCCAACGAAAUGCAGCCCUACUAAGAUUCCUGCUUAUCAAAGAUAUCAAACACUCGUAGACAGUGGAACACCAGCAUUACCUCUGCCUUACAACUAUAAAUUCAUUGCAGAAGCGUUCAGAUGCGUUGAUACGGUUGCAGCAAUGUUAUUCAAUCGCAAAGAAGUUGUAACCUUCAACAAACUCAAACCAGCUGUCCAGGAGCUCCUUCGUCGUAAUUUCACACUUGAGCACUUGGCCCAAAUUAAGACUAUUUAUCCCGAAGCGUUUGUUUUCAGUCAAGAAAAAUUACGCAAUUUCGGCUCAACAUCGAAACAGGACAGAUAUGAGCUAGUAGUAACCCCUAUCGUUGAACCGAAAAAUGAAAAACAAACCACGAAUCCAGACAACGUUUUGAAAUCAGCUUCAGAAAUAGGCAUGGGUCCUGGAGUUAUGCUUGAAAGACGAAGAAAAUUCUAUAAAUCGCUUCUAGAUAAAGUAAAAGAUGAACAUGAAAAGUUCCUACUCAGUUUGGAAACACCCAUGCGUAUUCCAAAGGAAAAAAUAACUCGUUGGCAUCCGGAGUUUGACGUUGAGAAAUGUCCAUCUAUCGAACUCAGCGUCUUGCCGGAAGCGCCGAACGCUGAAAAGUCUCACUCUGCCAAGGAAGUGCUCGAAAGAGCAAAAACUUUGUUCAACUGUAAUACGCGCAUGGAAAAAGCCUUGCAACGGUUGGCGGAUGCGAAGAUGACAUCGAACAGCUCCGUGGAUGUUGGCAUAGAAACAACACUCCCGAAUCCCAUCAACAACGAAUCCUCCAGUGAAAUGAAGAAAGUCGAAAUUUCUAUCGUCGACACACCACCUGCGACUCCGACGACCCAACAGAUGCAUUUGAAUUCUGCCUUCAAGGGGAUACCGAAAGCUCUUCUAGAACGGGUUCGUGCAAAACAGGCGGCCAAAGCCUUGGAGGCAAUGACUCGUACACCGACGGCCGACAAAGAGGCCGCCUUGUAUUCGCGCCUUCCUGAAAUGGCGAAAAUUCUUCGUAACAUAUUUGUCGUCGAAAAGAAAGGUGUCUUACCACUAGACACGGUUAUAACUAAACUCGAUAACUCCUAUAAAACUAAGUUAACACCGAACGAACUUGAGGAACACGUAAGACUCAUUUGCAAAUUGUUACCAACAUUCGCCUGUUUGCAAAAAGUUCGUCAAAUCGAUUACCUCAAGCUCGCUAAGACAGCAGAUAUCGUUAAAGUAGUUAAAAGAUUGGAGAUCAUUGCAAACGAAAAAGUUGACGCAUGAUUCCACGUUCGUUAAGAUCCAGAAUUCAAAUCUAUUGAGACUGUCCAAUAUAAAAAAUAUUGUAAGAGAUAUUCUUCGAAAAUUUUUCCUGAGAUACAGUUCAAAGGCAUUUAAUACCGUGAUUGAAUGUCUUUCAAUAGAAACAUUUUCGACAUCGCUUAGUCCCAGGAAAACAAACUCUCCCACAUUAUUUUGUUACAUUACAAUUAUUCUUUUUUCUUCCAUUGCAGUGUACUCAUCACAGCAGUACGCGUUUUUAUAAAAUAUCAUUUGUUUCUAUAUAUCAUCCUAGUACAUAAUUUUUUUUUUCAAGGACACCACUCGAAUGCGCUUUACUUUCGAGCAACCUUUUUCUAUUUGAAAGGAAAACGAGAUUUGAUUUUUUAGGUUUUCACACUACCGUUGCGAACGCAACUUAGAGGUGGGAUUUGUAGAUAAUUUUUUUUUCAAUAUUUCUGAUCAUGCUUCUACUGAAUCCAUCAUUCUAGAUUAAGAACUGGUCCAUUUACACGCCAAUAUUUCAUACAAACAAAAAUAAGAGAAAAACCUAUAACGUGUAACAAAUCUUCAUUUACGUGAACAGCACAAACUGAUACGCCUUUUUCAUAUGCUACUGAUCCAUAAACUAUUUAAUAUAAAUAAUCUAAUUUAGAAAUACUUAAUCUAACUUUUUUCUCUCUUGAAACACUUCAAAAAAUGGUUCUUUUUUGUUUUUUGAACGAUUAUUUGUCGCCACUAGCAUUUACCACGAAGUCUGACAUAUUUUCGCCCAACACCUGUAUCAUUCAAUUUGAAUACUGAUAUGCAAUCAAACUUUGUUUUUCCUUUUUCCCGAAUCAUGAGUAGCACUGUCCAAAAAAUAAGAAGUAUUUAAAAAACAACUAAUCGCAAUCAAAAUUUAAGUUUGCAGUGGCUACAAUUAUAAAAGCUUCAAUUGCAGUAGUGAUUUGGAAUUUUUUGUGUGGUUUGACAAAAAACAAGUAUUAUGUAAUUAAAAAAAAUACGGAAAAAGUAAAUAAAAAAAAUUAUAGUGCUUUUUUUUCCAGUCCUGAUGAGAGUAAAACGUGAGUUGACAUUGCGGGUUAUUGCGACAUUCCUCAAUUCUUUCAAUACUUUCAACUUUUGCCGGGUCAUUAUUUGUGCUAAAUAUUAGUAUUAUACACGGUAUAAUAAAUCCUUAUUUCGACAAUUGUACAGAUAUAAUGGAGGUCGCCAUUUCGUUAGCAACGUUCAAUUUUAGGAAUGAUGCCUGUUUUUAUAUCAUUGUAAUACAAUAAAACUAUUCUUUGGGAAAAAAA